GGAGGGUCUCCAGACUCAGAGACAGAAAUAGGGUCUGAGCUGAGGUGUGGGGAGCCACCCUCACCAGGCCAAGGCCGGGCACGGGUAGGAGCCCUGGGGCGGCUCCCACCUGCCAGGAUCACCUGACUUCCGAGCAGCUGACCUGUGGGUCCCUGGGCUUGGUGGGCCGGACGCUGUAAGGCAAGCAUUCCUGACCCUACCAUCGUGCCAUGAGAUUCUGGGCCAGGACGUGGGGUCUCAGGCGUUAGGGGCCUGGACCAGAGCCUCUCACCUCCCCUCACCCUGAGCCGGGGAUCAUGGAGUCCAACCUGCAGGGGUCCUUCCUGCUGAACAGCACACCACUGGCUCAGUUCUCGGAGAUGAAGGCGCCGGUGUGCCAAUACUCCAUGCAGAACUCCUUCUACAAGCUCAGCCCCCCGGGGCUGGGCCCCCAGCUGGCUGCCGGGACCCCCCAUGGGAUCACAGACAUCCUGAGCAGACCAGUGGCCACACCAAACAGUGGCAUCCUGUCCAGCUACCCCCACGUGGCAGGCUUCAGUGGACUCGGCUCCCAAGGGGUCUACUACGGCCCGCAGGUGGGGAAUUUUUCUAAGGCUGGGAACGAGUACCCCACCCGGACCCGGAACUGCUGGGCGGACACGGGCCCGGACUGGCGCAGUGUGCGGCAGAGCAGCAACACCCCAGACCCCCUGAGUGACAGCAUCCACAAGAAGAAGCACACACGGCCUACCUUCACAGGACACCAGAUCUUUGCCCUGGAGAAAACCUUUGAGCAGACCAAGUACUUGGCCGGCCCCGAGAGGGCGCGGCUGGCAUACUCCCUGGGCAUGACGGAAUCGCAGGUCAAGGUGUGGUUCCAGAACAGGAGGACCAAGUGGCGGAAGAAGAGUGCCCUGGAGCCGUCCUCCUCCACGCCUCGGGUCCAGGGCACCGCGGGGGCAGGCGGGGACCGCGCCACCUCGGAGAAUGAGGAUGACGAGUACAACAAGCCACUGGACCCCGACUCGGAUGAUGAGAAGAUCCGGCUGCUGCUCCGCAAGCACCGCGCAGCCUUCUCGGUGCUCAGCCUGGGUGCGCACAGCGCAUGAGCCACCCUGCCA